AUGCUCCAGCGUCCCAUUUUACUGCGGCACCUUGGCGACGAGAACCUCGACACCGAGGUGCGCAUUGAAGCGUACACCGGUUUGAUGUCCUGUCCGGAUGCAGGCCUGCUUGAGGGUCUGUCUGACCUGGUUGCCAGGACAGACGCAGCUCAGGUGACCGGCUACAUCGCCAGUCAUCUGGCCAACCUGCUGGCCGAAGAGAGGCCGGCAAGCCUGGAGUUCCGACGUCUUUUGCAGGAGGAGAUGGUGAGCUCGAGACCCCGCGGUCUGGCGGGUCUGCUCGCCGAGCCGCGACGGGGUCGGUCUCGUCACUUUCAGUACAAUCUGUCCAGAUUCCGUCUGGAAGCCAGUCUGGUCUGGUCCGACGCCUCGUAUCUGCCCAGAAGGGCCGGGGUUCGGCUGACCGAAGUGUGGCUGGACCGGCGUUCGGUGCUGCUGGAGGCGAGUCUGCACUCCGAAGGACUCGAGCCUCUGUUCGAGCGUCUGUUCGCGGCCAGCCUCAACGGCGACCUGCUCGUCUUCUCGCGCUUGCUGCCGCGUCUGAUGGACGCGAUGCCCACCAUUCAGGCCGGCCUCGAGCUCCGUCUGGCCGGACACGAACUCGCCUCUGUCCAUUUGGACGCCGCCGACUCGGCCGAGCCCAUGCUCGCGGUAACUCAACUUCUCGCCGCGCUGAAGGCCGGUCUUCAAGACUCGAACCGGCGCUCGAGCGACGCCUCCCGCGAUGCCCACGUCUGGCUGACGGACUCGAGCCUCAUCUGGCCGACGCAGAUCGGCUUGCCCAUUCGUCUGGCCUCGCAACUCACCGCCAGCUCGAGCGCGGCUCUGCGAGUCGGCGCCGAUGCCGAACAGGCCGCCAUGACCGGUCGACUCGACGCCUCGGUCUCGGCUCUGGCCGGCUUCAGUCUGGCCCUCCGACAGACGGCCAGCAUCCUCGGCCUCGGACCCGGCGGACUCGACGACGGCGAGUUCGGACACGGCGUCCAACGCGAACUCGACGUGCACCUCGAUUGGUCGGUGCAACUGUUGCUGCAGGCAUGGCGACGUUUUCGCGUCGAAUUGGCCAGUCCCGAGCCGGUGGCCGCCUGGCAACAGCCGACCCAUGUGGGACUCGGCUACCGAGCCGGUCGAAUCCGGAUGGAGGCCGGUCUUGCCAGACUCGUCGCCACGCAACCGCCGGCACACUCGACGUGUACCUUCGAGGCGACCAGUCGACUGGUUGACAUGCGCGUCUGCUCCGCCAGCAGUCAUCCUCUCGACAGUCUACUCGAGGCAGUACAGGCGUCGGCGCAUCUUCGUCUGCUUCGCAACACACCGGCCAGUCGACAGAUUGUCGAGAUCUCAGGACCGCUUGGUGCGACGGCCGAGGGCGACCUUCGCCAUCGUCUCGUUCGAGUUCAGUUGAGUCGGGUGGUCGGUUGCGACGACGACGGCGACGACGGCGACGACUCGAGUGCACAUUUGGGGCCCGGCAGUCACUUGUUGCUCGAGGCCAGACUCAGUCCCGACUGGCGUUUGGCGGGACUCGAACUCGUCUCGCCCUGGUCCACCGGCCGGGUUUGGAUGGAUCUGACGGCUUUGCCGAGACAAGCCGAACUGUUGGCCGUCAGCAACGGCUAUGAAUGGGCUCGCGGCGUCUUCAAGUUUGGUACCGUUCUCCUGCCGCCGCAUGACGGCCAGACCGUGUCGAGGGGACGCGAAACGACGGCCAAUCUGAACCUGCAGGCGGUAGGACGUCGGUUGGGCUUGACGGCAAUGCGUCGAGACGAGUCGGCCAAGAAAAAUGAUGAUGGCGGUAGAAGUGAAUUUCGUCUCAGCCUGACCCACGGAGACGAGGAGCAACUUCUGUACCAAGUUGGGCUGGAGGUGAAACAUCUGCAGCCCACCUCCGGUCUGGCCUGGUUGGCCAAGGAUCACAAGAGUUUGAUCCACUUCCAGCAGACCCUGUCCGACAUUGCAAAGACCUCGAUGACCGGCACCAUCUCCACGGACUACCAGUUGGUCGCCUGGCAACUAGCGUUGUCUCACACCUGGUUGAUGCCGGCUGCCGGGCCGUCGUUUCGCCUCCUGUGGAGGCAGAAGAUCGAGACCCUACCACUCACCACCCUGCGAUCGAUGCGUAUCUCGGGCGACCUCACAUUGUUGACCCCUCGCGGUUGGCUGGCCAAGGCCACCUUUUCUCCGGUCGGCAAUGUCGACUUUAACAAUCUCGUCGAAUUGGGCCAUCAACAUGUCACCUCGAGUCUACGCAUGCAAAUGCGAAUGUACAACCGAGACAACUCCGACAAAACCGUCUAUGAAGACGCCAUAGAGACCCGUCUGUAUCUGGGCUGGGAGGAGAGGGAGACCGGCCAACGGAGGUACGAGGGCAAGGUGAACUUCACUCGACCAAAAGGGGACAGCAACUACGCCGGAGUGAUGACGGUGUCGAGGAGCGUGAAUGUUCUGAUGCUGGAGGGUGAUGUUUUCGAGGCGAACCGACGCUUCGCCAGUCUCAGCCUCAAUUGGGCCUUUCUUGACUUGUACUCGGCCAAUUACAUUUUCGACUGGCAAGUCGCAUUGCCCAUCUCCGUCUCGCUUGACUGCCUGAAAGUGUACCACUUUCGACGGAUUGCCAUGCAGUCGGCCUUUCGUAGCAUCGGAGUACGGCAUGCCGAGAUCGUGUGGAAGGUGACGGGUGAUGCUGUGGACCUGCGAGAGUUGGGUGAAGAUGCGGCUCCCACGCUUUGGCGAACGGCGCCGUGGAUUGAGGCUCGUGGAGACUUCAACAAAAUCGACAAAUUCGGCAGAAGAGGAGCCCUCAACGUGCUGUUGGAACGUCUUCCUCAGACGACCGAGAGUACAGGCCGCUCCGCAGGUGUUGAUCGUUUCAUGAUCAUCCCGAAAUUGGAGGCGUCCAGUUGGCAAAGGUUGAAACUGACCUUCAACUACGACGUGUUGGAGUUGAUGGAAUUGUCGAAGAGAGAAAAGGCAAAUGCUAAACUGAAACUGGCAUUUGUCUUCUUCUCGCCGGCCAGUCAACAACUGUCGCAUACAGCACAACUUCACAUUGUGGCCAGUCCCAAGAAUCACGGCUUCGUGCACAACCAAAUCGACUUUGACCUCGAGGAGACCGAGCAGAUGGGCUACCUGACGUCGAGGCCGGAGUCGAGCAUGGACUCGAGCCUACGACGUCGAACACGUGAAAAGUCGAAUCAGGUCGCCUUUCAACUGACCGCCAGCCUCAACUCGCCGUGGCUGAUGGAGGCGAGUCAGUUGAAGGCUCGAGUGAUACGUUCAAGUGGGAUGCUGGAAUUGGUUGGCGCCUGGAACCGUGAUGGUGUGUUGGUGUACGCGUUGAGUCAUCGUCCGCGUUUGGGCAGCUUGCGGCAGAGAGGCGAGUUGAAGUUGGUGUCCGCGGGGGAGAAAGUGAAAUGGCUGGUUUACUCCACUCAACUGGACAUGUUGCGUCUUGACAGUCGAGUUCAACUUCACCUCUCGUCGCUGGGACCGAUAGAAGCGUCGGCCAUGUACGAUUUGGGCAACGGUUGGACGGAAAAAGAGGUGACCGGCUCGAUCAGUUUGAGUACACCGUUUCCGGAGUAUCGCAUCUUCCAUUUGGGCGCUUCUGGCAUCGGCCAACUGCGCUACGUCAAAUUGGAUGUCGACGCGAAAUGGGGCGAGGCGAGACGAAAUCAACGAGCUCGCCUCGAAUUGGUGCUCGAGCCGAAGGAUCGAAAUCACUUCAACGGAAUGCUGAAAGUGGUUCCGGUCGGACUGGUCGUUGAGAUUCGUAAUGAAUACUUCUCGUGGGAGAAAAUGGCCACUCAGCUCGGCUUUAGCUACGGCGAUCGGAUCAGCCUGAACUGUAGACUUCGGCUCGAACGAAUUCAAGAGACCGGCUAUUCGCAGUAUUGCUUCGAGAUCGCCUCAGAGUCGAAUCUGCUGCCUCCGAUAGAAGUCUCAUUUGCGCACAAUCACAAAGAUCCCAGCGGUCUGAAGUCACGCCUUCUGCUCUCCUAUGACCAGGAAUUUGCGGAAUUUUGGUACAUUCUGGGAGACACGAUCUCCUCUUCUACAGGAAGACUGGCAAAAGGCUCCAUUCAGGUGAAGCUGAGAAGUUCCUAUCCUCCGCUUCGAGAAGUGUACACAAAAGCGAAUCUGGACAGACUCGAUCUGAUCAAGGAUUUCGGCCUUUCCAUGCGACGCUGCGAAGCCAGCCUCUUGACAACGUACAAUGGCAACAAGCUGCUUCAACUCAAUGGUGCCCACAACCGGACAGGUCUGGACGAUGAGUUUCAUUCUCUCGUCGAUCUGGAGACUCUGUGGACGCGAAAAAUCAUCCUCAAAGACACAACGCUCUCCAUCACACCGGACAGUUGGAAUCUCAAAUCGGGCGGUACAAUUCGGUACGGUGAUCACUUUGUGCAUUACUCGGUGCCUGUCUUUCAGUUGGACACAUCGACAGAAAACUAUUCUGGCAAAGUUGAGAUGGAGGCGAGAAUAAGAGACUAUCAAUUGCGACUGCAGUAUUCAACCCAUCCCGACGACGGAGCUGAAAGCGUCAGCAUGGAAAUGGGCAAAAGUCGACAUGAGCAUGCGAUGGCGUUCAGCCUGUGGAGAAACUGGAAGACCCAUCUCACGAAGUGGGAAUUGGAGGCGCCGCUGUUGGGCGUCAAGUAUGCCGGCAACGGCAGCAUUCUGUACCAAAAUAAGGCGGAUCUCUUCUUGGUCGACUUGGCCUAUGCUCUGCGUCUGCCGAGUCUCGCCUAUCAAAUGGACGGAGCUCUUUUCUGUCGGGUCGACAAGGUGAAUGUAAAUAUAACCCUUGAGACGACAUCGAACAUGUUGAUCGGAUCCAGAUCGUGGAAUGCAUCUGUGGACUUUCAGUUGACAGGAUCCGAGUUGACCGAGCUAUCGCAUCGUUCUCAAGUCUCAGUUGCUGUCUCGCAUCUCUUCACGGUUCAAUGGACCAAUCUUCUUCACAGGCCAACACAUCCUUUUGGCCAAGCGAAAUCCUUCUUUUCGUUGGAUCUUAGACCGGUGCUUCCGCAGUGGUACCACACGCAAGAGUUGCUGUUGGACAAGCGUAACAAGACCUAUCACUACACCGUCAUGUCACAGAGACUGGGAGUCCAUUUCCUGCUGCACUCGGAUCCGAUGUUGAAGACUGUUUCGUUGAUGAGGCUAAGACCGGAGCUGUAUCAUCUGCUCCUCCUGGAACGACGACACAGCACCGACUACUCCAGCCUUGACGCCAUUCUCGUUAAUCCUUUGAGUAGAUCGGCGAAACAGUUGAAGUUCUCCCACAGACUGUACCACCUCGAGGGGGCACAGUUUGCUGUCAACAUUUCUGCUCUGUUGCUUUCUCGUGUUGCCAUGGACACCAGCGGUUCCGGAGUCAUCAUGCGACUGGACUGGCGAGACUUUAGAAAGUUGCUCGAUGUGGAAUUGAUGCUCGAGGGUGUUGUGGGAAGUUUGGGUCGUCUGUUGGCUGAAGUGGAAUUGUCGAAUGGUCGAAACAGUGGAUUUGUGAAGACCACCUACAAAGACAUACAUUCCAUGAACAUGUCCAUCGCCGUCAACAGGACGGCUGCCUUGAACGCCACUUUGGAAGUGCAACUGUAUCGCAAUUAUCCGCAACACUUUGCCAUGUGGCAUCAUUUGGCCAACGAUGCAAAGCGGUUUGUUGUCAAAAGUGGUAUGCAACAGUUGCAGACUCGUUGGUAUGAAGUGGAACUGUCAAGUUUGCGCGAGGAAGAAGAUGCCGUCAAAGUGAACUAUUUGCUUGCUUUAGAGAAUCUAAAACUUCAAGGCAGGUAUGUUGUGGCGGAUGACAUUUUGCUGGAGACACACUUCAACUUCACCGAUCGGAUCCAAUUGAGACAAGAGCUCGCUUUGACGAAGUGUGAAAGUCGCUUUCGUUGGUUCACACGAUUGGGCCGACCAACCGACUCCGGCUUCGUGGAAGUGGUCAGAAAGACCGAAGGUGAUGCUCAACCGAACAAAGGGUUCAUCGUCAGUCUGGCCACGUGUUGGCGGGCAUCAGUCGGCUUCAAAGAGUUGACAACAGAUGCUCAAUCGUCUCCGCGACACGAAGAUAUUGUCGAAUUUCUGGAAGCCCACUGCAAACACACCAGCUACGGACUGGUAGAAUCAACGACCUGGCAAACGCGACCUGACAAGUUGCGAUUCGUCCUCGGAGCCUUGGUUGGUCUGCCCAGAGUCACGCUAACAACAAGCAGCACCGAGGCCCGUAAAAGCAUCAAUGCAACCGUCGGCAACUCGCAGGCUUCGGCCAGUCUGGUCAACAACCGUGACGCUUUCGAUGUUCACAUGACGGCAAGCUCUCCCGUGUUGCUGGGCCGUGAAGAAGUGACCGCUUCUAUCGGGUUCAGGAAAAGUGGAGUCCACCUCAACGUUGUGCUACCCUAUUUGACAGAUCCACGUGGUCUCACCCUUGGCUACCAUUCAAGUUGGGCAGACGAAGAGAUAGAAUUGUGGUUGUCGUUGCCCGAGGUACCACUCUUGGGGCCAAAUCGUCCACCCAGACUGGCGUGUGGCUUACACUUUGUCCACAAACAUCAUGACAUCCUCGUCAUGGCAACUGGAAUUCGAGCCUACCGUGCAUACGGACAGAAUGAAUCACACAACUGCCCGUCUGGAUUGUACGCCGGGACUCGAAGUUACGGUCAUCAAGGCGACUGGCGACAGGGUGUGGUACCGUCAGUCAGGCAAGUUUGGGCCUGGAGCAUCCACACAGAGGUGAGAUUGAAAGCUGACGAAAAGUCGGCCGAAGGUCUGGUUGCCGUGGAGAUGGGGCAGACCUACAAGACUGGCUAUCUGGCGCUUUGGCAAUGGCUGGGCGAGAGUAUUCACGACGAAAUGGCCUUCGCUCUGACCGAUUUAGAGGAUUGGGGUUGUGGUCGGGUUGUUUCGGGUUUUGCCAACCUUCGAGCCGUUUUGACUCGGACGACUGAACAGGUCGUGAGCGGCAAUUGGUUGACAGAGCAUGGAUACCUUUUGAUCGGUCGGAGCAGGUCGACGAAACCAGAUCUGCCGAAGAUGUUGCAGAUCGGCUGGUUGGGAUGGCUGCUUUUGCGUGAUCAAGAGGCGGAGAUGUUCUUCAACGGCCGACUGACGCAUCGACUUCAAGUUGGGCUGAAGAUGGAGCCGGGAAAUGGUGAGAAUUUCACACUUUUCUUGCUGGCCCAAGAUCUGACGACGCGAGAAUCGGAGAAACCGGAGCUGGGGGCCGUUCUCGACUUCACCACAACGUCACACGGACUCUCCUCUCUGGGCUUCAAUGUCACAAAAGCCGGACUCGAGUACCUCCGGUUGAACGGAGCAUGGCAGUCGAGUUUGCAAAGUCCACAAAGUCUGCCAUUCCAGUUGGCAUCAUUCGAGCUGAGUGCUCCAAAACUGGAUCCACACUUCAUUGUGGACUACAAGUGGACCCAAAGUGGCGAGAUUCGGGUUAAAUUCAACUCUCAACUGCCCAAUUGGAUGCCGGUCAGACGAAGGCUGGUGAGGCUGAUGGCGAAAGCCAGAUUGGCGGGGCUCGAGCAGACGUUCACGAGUGGCAAACUUGUGCUGGACAGUCCUUGGACGGCGGUGAAGAGGACGGAGCUUCAAGUGGAGAAGCCGGACGAUCGUGGACGACAAGCCUGGCGCAUAACCUUCACGGAAGAUGACGCCUUGGAGGCGAAGUAUGCCCAUUCCGGCUGGCUCGUCCACAAACGUCAACAUGCGGCUUUCGCCGUCUUCGACAACAGUCCGGCGAAGCAUAUCUUUCUCCUCAACACUUGGAACUGGACGGAGGAUGUCUCAUUUGCAGGACAACCAUUCGGCCUAAACGGAACUCUUGAAGUGGCCAACAUUUUCUCCUCUGCCUGGCGUCUGAUGCUGAGUCCGAAUGAGGAUGGGAGAUUCAUCGUGAAUGUUGCCACCGGCCAAUCACAGAACUUGCAGCCUCAAAGUGUGCCCUUCUCUUUGCUGUAUGCAUGGUCUUCAGAGGGAGUGAAAGAGUUUGAGGUCAGACUGCAAGAUCUCAUGAGACCGGGACUCGAACCCAUCAAUACGUCUCAAAAAUCAAAUGUCAGACAAGAGUUGAAUCGACCGGACGGAGUGAGGACGUCGAGACAGCUGAUUGGGUUGUAUAAAAACGUGGCUGGAACGAGGCUUGCUCAAGUCGUCUAUGCGGGGGGGCAUGAGUCUGAGGUCGGGCCGUUUCGGAUGGUAACUAUGCCUUCAACACAUGUCAACUUGACCCUUGUAUGGGGUAGCGAGUCUGCAAAGGCAAUGGUUCAGUUUACACCUCCAAAAUGGUCUGCUAUUCGACAGCCCGUUGAGGUAUAUCUUGCUCUGCAUGGCCUAGAAGUGAACAAUUGUAGAAUGGAGCUUUUCUACCGAAAACUCUACCCUCAACAACCUCUUCGGACGGAGCCACUUCGUGGAGGGUCUUUUGAGUUCAGAAAUAGACCCAAUCUUCAGGUGUACAGAUUAGCUAUCGACGAGCCGGUCAUUCUGGCUAGAAAACUUGAAGUUGGCAUAGAUUCGCAGAAAAAAUUGGCCACUUUCACACAACUCAAGUCAUUUACAGACGAAGUGAUUAGAGAAUUAUACAUUCGAUUGAUCGACAAGGAUUCCGGGAAUAAUUCAUCUAUUUGCCCAUUGGCGGCCAAAUUCUGUCUCCAGGUCAACUGGAAGAAUGCGCCUGACAACGAAGUGAUUUUGCGGUUCAAUUCUCUGCCGGACAGUCAAUUUGAGACGGAGCUCAGUCUAAACCGGAGGAAAGAGGAAGACCUGUUGCUGGGGGGUAUUGAACGUGUAUCGUUUGCCUGGAGAGACGAAGUAAAACUGUUGCAUGUGAAGACGAUUGACGAGGUGCUAUUUCACGUUCAACUCAAGUCAGACCUUCUCACAAACAGUGGACAUCUUCUGACGGCUGAGUUGAGAGGCGAUACCAAACGAAACUUUGUUGUCGAAUUCGCUCGAAACCAGCGAUUGCGACUUGAAUACAAGUCGAGAGUGAAGCAAACCGAUCGUACCAUCUCAACCUGGAGCCUGUUGAUGCGGCGGAAAGGUCCUGAGGUCAGUCUGGACUUUCUCGUGAAUGCAAGUCAAAUGUUACAGUUGCAAGGCAACCUGGUGACCCAGCUUUCGGGUCCACUUCCGCUCUUCCUCCUCCGGCUGGAAUGUACCGAACACGACGGUGUCGAAUAUGCGGUUGCUUUCAAGAGUCUCGGCUCUUUCGGCCAUUUCGACGAAUUCUGGACCUACUUCACUCGGAAAGACGUGACCUCCAAACUGGACAACUUCUAUUGGCUGUCGGGCACAAGAAAGCCUCACAAAACUGUCAUGUUUUCCAUUGGAUGGAGUACACAAGUCGGCCAAAAGGCCGUACAAAUUCGAGUUCUCAACCCCAAGCCCCGGAAACUGUUGCUGUCCAUUGUUGAGUUGACCUCAAGACUAGAACUCUCCUCACCGAUUGACACCAUCAAUCAACUCUCCGAGACACCCGACAACCCAGCCGCCUGGACGACAAGACAACUGUUGACCUACACACACACACUGACAGACGAGAACAGACUGGAGGAUAGUGCCAACUUCCGUCUUGAGAGCGAGCUCUUCAUAAAUGCCGCCAAAGUGUACACCGUCGACUUGGCGACGUGGAAGAACACCUCAAACUUCGACCUUUUCAUGCUACAACUCGACACCAACCUGCUCGGCAAACAGUGUCGUCUCGAGGCCAAUGUCAAUUGGAUGACUCAGUUGCGUGCUCAUGUCCACGCCAGACUGGCGCCGAACUGUUUCGGUCUUCCAAACCCGCCCAGGCUGACCUUUGACACGCAGCUCAACUUGCCCACUCGCCUCGCUUGGCUCCGAAAGUCGCUCGGCAUGGAGUCGAUCUCGCCAGCGGCCCGAUCGCCUCGUAGAACACGUCAACUGAUCGCGAUCCGAGAGUUGGACUCGACACUUCCGAGCCACUUCAACCUCAGACCCGACACACUCUACAACCACACAGUGCCCGGUGAACCGACAAUAUGGAGCCUUGACGACAAGCUUCCUCUCUUUCGCAGAAGCAACCUUUAUCUGCCUCUCUACGACAGACAACUGAAACUGUCUUUUGCCGAGCACGAGAUCAGCCUCAGUCUUGCACCUCGUCGGGAAGACGCCGACCUCGAGAUAGCCGUUGUCAUGGUGAAAAAGGUUGAGUCUGGUGUCUUUCUGCAGUUGCGCGAUCCCUUUUUCGGCAGUUCCAUUCUCUUCAAUUACAGCCUCGCCGACGCAGAGCAUCAUCACGUCAACUGGCACCUCAAGCCUGGCUCUCUGGCCUCACUGUUGGCCCUACAGACGAUCGGCGGUAGUCAUGCGCAUCUCUCCCACCCGACAGGAUUCACACAUGAAUCACACCUCUUUUACGGUCAGCUGUGGCGACCUCAGCUUCAUGUGCAUUUCAACGCGUUGAACGGAAGUACAGCCAGUCUCAGCUUUUUCACUCCGACCCUUUCGAGUGUCCGGUUGUCAUGGAAUCCAGCGGACGAUCAGGCGGCCGGUCUGUUGUGGUUGGAGAUGAAAAAGCCCAAUUCCACGUUGUCGCAACAAGUCAUUUUGGCCCAAAUUGACCGGACCGCCGAGGAACGCGAGACCAUUCAGGGACAUCUACAAUUGCAUGGUUGGCGUUUGGUGCUACCGUUGACCCGUCUGCCGCGGAUCGAGUUGUCGCGAGCCAGCUCCACCGUUUUGGCGAUCACUUUGGACCGACCCAACCUUUGGCGUCUGCAAGGCCUAUUCGUGAAGACGUCCACCAGCCUCACCCUCGUCUCGGAUGUGGAAUCGGCCAAUUUGCUCGGCUUUCGUACCUCCGUCGACCUGACCACGCCACAGAAACACAUCGGGUUGGUCGUCUUUGUGCCCGCCCAACCCCGGCGUCUGCCCUGGAAGGUGACUCUCCAAACGGUACCAUUUCUCCCCUCCAACCCGUUAGCGCUGAUCGGCAAUCUGUCUGUAGAGGCGGUCUCCAGCCAACUUGGUGGCCUCAGUCUCCUCGUCACUCGUGAUCUGAUUGGUCGGAAGAGAGGCUUUUUCAAGGUUUCAUCACAACCCUCCUCUUGGCAGGUCACCACAAAUUGGCCCAAAAAAGAGACCACCUUUUUGUUGACUCGAACGCCCGCAAUGUCCAAGGCUCUGCUACUUCUCGGUGAUGUCGAGGCGAAAUGGCAACUAAACCGACAGUCCGGCACUCUUGAAGCUUCGUUGGAGCGAAAUGAUCUCGCCUGGUCGCUGAAGUAUCAGCAGGAACAGAAGGCCGUGAGUCGCAGGCUGCGGCUGCAACUUUCCCAACUCAGUCUGGACUGCAACUACUUCGACUCGGAAAUGGGCGGCAGAACCAACCUUCAAGUGGACUAUCGUGGCGACAACAACAGAGUCUUCUAUCUGGCCUUGGAUGGUCCGCCGUGGCAACUGAAUCGGCUUGAUCGUAUCAUCUACACGCAUGGUACAGUCGGCUUCAAGCUGGCCAGAAAGUUGGGCCACUUGACUGCUGACUUGCGCGUCGAGGCCAAGGUCCACUUCACGACCGACCGACACACCGACAGUGCAACACACAGACUGACGAUCGAGGAUCCCAAUUGGACUGUCUAUCUGCGAAGCCUAAGUGUGCAUAGCAACAAAACGAUUCAUCUGCUCAAGGUCGACUCCCCAAUCGCCCCCUUAGACGGGCUUCAGAUGAGCCUGGCAGAAGAGAUGAGUUCUGAAAGUCGUCGGUUUCAGGUCACCUCCGCCAGACUGGGCACGUGGGCUCUGAGACUGGCCAGUCUGUCACGAGUUUCCGCCAAUCGAGUCGAGCUGAGGGCCAAUCAAAGACGAGCAGAUGUCUCGUGGGAUUCGGUCGAGGGCAGUCUCGAUUUGAUCUACUUGCCGCGGCUGGACAGUCCAACGGCCUGGGGCCUUAGACUCAUACAGAAUGAUCAACGAGUUUUGGUGAAAAUGGAAAAUCCCGUGUGUGAUUUUGUAAAAUUGGAGCACAAUUACAGUCUCGACGGACUUCGAGUUCACGGCGACCUUUUCGGUUGGAGUCAAUACGAAGUGUGGAACGACAACAAUACCAUCGGAGUGAAGAUGAGCCUAAGUACAGGAAGACUGGGCACAUUUGCAAAGUACCCUUUAGUCGCGUUGUCGCUUCGCUCCCUCUCGGCGACCACCUUCAAGGGGGCGUUGAGCAUCGGCGAUGUCUUCGCCUCCAACUGGCACACGAGUCUGGAGCAGGCGGGCAAGACGACUUGGAAUGUCGACUUUGACAUUCUGGCAGUCACGUACAGAGCCACUCUCUUGAAGGUCCACUCGGCGGGUCGAAAAGAGACUUGGCUGUCGGCAAGACUGUUGCCGGGCGGUCUGGCGGACACAGGCACAACCAUGCCGGAAGCAGAUGCUCUGCUCGAGUUCACCUGUACCACUCGGCCAGAUCUGCUCAACUGUAGUCUUUCGGUUGAACCGACGAGCCAGGCCGUCCGAGUCGACGUUGUGUGGACCGCGGAACCGCGAGUUGACAUUCGCCUCUUGUCACACAACUACACACUCCUCGAACUCAUCGCCGGAUGGACGUCUGUCACUGCUGAACGGGUGGGUAUGGGAAAUCUUCACAUGACCGCCUCCGUGGUGACAAUGUCUCAGAGACCGAUACAGACUGACGUCAAUCUAGUGAAUGCCCGAUCGAGAUCGGAUCGCGUCGAUCGACUUCUGUUCGCCUGCGGCCUAGCCGAUCGGCAGCACUGGAGAUGUCACAUGUCGAUGAGACAGGCCAUGGCAACCGGUGAAGAAGAUUCCCAAGACGAGGUUGUUCUGACCCUUUUCAAUGCGUCCAUUCGCCUCGAACCAGCUCCACAAGCCGGCCUCGCACGCCAACGACUCAUUCUGCACUAUUGGCGCGAUCCUUUGAGCCUGGGCUACCUACAGCGACGGUUGGUCAAGACAAUCUCCACCACCCUCGGCCAUUUAGCGCCGUUCCGGAGAGCUCUUUCUCCCAUUCAACCGGUUGCCAGUCACUUGGCCGCGUCAGUCUUCAACGCCAGUCAUGCUCUCACCCAUCUCGAUUGGUGCCGUCUGACAGGACAACGAAAUGCCUGUUUGUCGUCAUGGCGACAUCAUUCAGUUGCCAAGUGGGCAACUCGUCUGCCCGAGGCUCUUAGAGACGACGUGAUGCGAAGACUUGAUAGGCUGGAGUUCUUCUUCUCCUCGACUGAGCAUGCCUUGCUCGUCUGGCCGAAGGUGAAAGUACAGCGGCUCUGUGUCGGGAUGUUUGAGAGGCUGGAGAACCUGAUUGACGACGGUAUCCAUGCCACGGCUUGGCUCGGCCGAGAGACGAAUCGAGUAAAACGCCGCUUUCUCGCUAAACUCAUCCACGGCACAACCGGCCUCGUGGACGGUUUGGACAAACUGGAAAAGCGUGUUGAGAAGGAGUGGCUGUCUCCUGCGGCUGAGGCUGAACGGGCAAAAGCAAUGACAUCGCAGCUGUGGUCUGCGCUGUCGCUGGUGGCCCGGCAGGAGACGGAUGGCGGCCUGAAUCAAUUGCGGUUCCGACUUCCCGGCAUUCCGGUGGUUUCGGUGACCAUGUCCAAUCGACGAGUGGCUAAUAUCGCAGAAACCAGUUCACGCUUAACCGGCCAGUUGGGCGCCAGAGUGCAU